AUGCCCCAGAAAGCUACACUUUUGUGUUUCGAGACUGCUGGCUCGCCAGCCUCGAUGAACCUGACAUUCAAAGAAUUCGAAAUACCAGAUCCCGGUCCGGAUGAAGUUCAGAUCGCUUUCAUCUUCGCCCCCGUUACUCCAACCGACAUCCUCGCGAUUUCAGGGAAAUAUCCAUUGAAACCAAUCCGAAGGGUGCCAAGAGGGCCAUACGAAAUGACAGAUCCUUACAUUGCUGGGUAUGAUGGUGUUGCACGAGUCACAAAAAUUGGCGAACUUGCUCCGAGACACGUUUACGACACAGAUUUCCGAGAGGGUGACAUUGUUGUCCCAUUUCGCAUGGGAAUUGGCACAUGGUGCAGCCAUGCAAACGUGCAUGAGAAUUGGCUUUUGAAUCUGUCUUGCAAUCUAUACGACCUCGACGAGCUUCGGCGAAGCUUCUCACCAAUCGAUAUUGAGACAUUCAGUUAUCUUCGAAGCGUUUUCUGUACUGGUCGGUUUCUCGUUCAAGAGUCCUUCUAUGAUUUGAAGAGCCAUCACUGUAUCGUCAUGAACGAACCCGUGGAUCCUAUUUCCUGGGCCAUCAUUUCUCUGGUGAAAGCCGAACGGGCCAAAGUUCUGGUUGUCCUUGAAGACCAGCCAGAAAUGAAAGGCCCAUCUCGACUUGAUCCCCGAAAGCGCAUACUGAAAGAUCAAGGCGUUGAUUGUGUUCUUUUGGAAUCCGAAAUUGAAAGAUACCAGGAAGAGAUUGAGAAUAUGCGGAUCGUGUCUGUUUUUGAUAGUGGGUCAUCACCUUCUGUCUCACCAUUUGUCCCUUUCCUCCGUUUGGGUGGAAGCGUGGUGAACUACGCUUUCUUGUGUGGCAGCGAUACACCCAGCUCGUUGACCAUUUCCUACUACCGUCGAGAUGGAGAAAUACCCUCGGGCCCCUUUAAUGUAAGGAGCUUUCUGCAGCACUUUUACAACAGGCAUAUGGACUACACGGGGACUGGUUACUCACCACUUGAGAUGGAUGUUGACUACCCACUGAGAGACCUGGUACAACAGGGCCGGUUAAAGACGCCAACGAUUAAGCGCAUUCCAUGGUCAGCUCGGGAUGAAGUUCUGAAAGCAGUCAGCACGGUUGAGGAACAGGAAACAUGGCGUGACAUGUAUGUCAUUGAUUUUGAGGCUUGA